CCAGCCGCUGUUAAGUCAAAGAAGAAGAACAAGAAAAAACAACAAAGACGAAAAAAGAAGCAGAAGAAGAGUAGCAUUUUAAGGCACUUGUACAUUAUGUGUUAUCUUUGACAUACGAUUUGUAUUUCCUGAUGAUUACGUGGUAAAAUAUUGUAUAUUUCUAUAACUGUUGUGUCAUGACUCGUGAUGAGAGAUAGCUCAAUGGAGUUUAAAGAGCCUGUAUGGUUGUUUCCGGAAGUGCAGCGAACAUUUAAAAUUCUUCUUGAGCUGAAUUAUGAAGGUAUUUAAGUGUACAGAAAAAAAUCUGUAAUUAUUUCUAUCUCUUAAUGGUUGAUUUAUGAAGUCUUUACCACGCACAGAGCAGCUUAACUCGCGCCAGGGGUCAGUAACCUGUCAGACCCUCCGAAGAUGUUCGGCUUCUCUCGGCUCUCAGCCGAAGGGAAAGUGGGCGUGGCUACAGGGGUCGUGUUCUUCUCUAUGCUCAUAUCCAGAACGGUGUUGUCGGAGCGCGUGGAUGUAGGCAUGCGCGCGCGGUUGUUUCGGGCGCAGUUUCUUCUGUUCAUCAACUCGCUGCUGCUCCUCGGCUCGCUCUACAUCUGGAAGCGCGUGGUGACGCGGCUGUGCGGCGCGAGACUCCCUGCCGCCGCGUCAGCGCGCACCUGGUCGCACAGGUGUUGGCGCGCGGCUGUGCUGCUCUUCCUCGCGCUCGCUCACUGCAGCUACCUGAGCAUGUUCUACCUGGUGGACACGGAACCGCACUGGCUGUCCGUGCUGAGCUUCAGCUGCCUGGGUGUGUACGUCAUCCUGCUCUUCCUCCUCAUGGUGUUCGGGUGCGCCAGCCGCGCGCUCCAGAUGUUCUCCAAGGGUUCUGCGGUGGCGGUGAGCGGCUCAGCCAGGCAGACGGUUCUCGCUUUAGUGAUGACCGCGCUGUUGGCCGUGUACGGGCUGCUAAACGCCGCGCAGCCGCCGCGGGUGGUGGAGGUGGAGGUUCCUCUGGAGAAGCUGCCGGCUUCGAUGGACGGCCUCAAGCUGGUGCUGCUCUCAGAUAUCCACUUAGGACCAACAGUCGGGCGCUCACAACUACAGCGCAUCAUCACCAUGGUCAAUCAGCUAGAACCAGAUGUGGUGGUGAUCGUAGGUGAUUUGACCGACUCUCAGGUGACCCGUUUGAGGACCGCUGCAGAACCGCUGGCUCUCCUCAGACCUCGACUCGGCUCGUACUUCGCGACAGGGAACCAUGAGUACUACACCGCCGAUGUGGACGGCUGGUUCGAGUUCCUGCGCUCGAAGGGGAUAGAACCUCUUCACAACAGCCAUGCUCGAGUGUUCAGACCCGGACAAACGCAGGACUGGAUCUGUCUCGCCGGAAUCGACGACCUGGAAGCCACCAUGCUGCGGUAUCCUGGUCACGGGAUGGAUGUUGAGAAAGCUCUGAGUGGUUGCAGUGCAGAACGUCCGAUUGUUCUCCUGGCUCAUCAACCUCACGCUGCUAAACAAGCGCUCCAGCAAAGACCAGACAUCAACUUAGUGCUGUCAGGUCACACUCAUGCUGGUCAGCUCUUCCCUCUCACUCUCCUGGCGUUCCUGGUGAAUCCGUACUUCUGUGGACUUUACCGCAUCUCGGAGCACACCACGAUCUACGUUACUCCCGGAACGGUUUAUUACGGCAUUCCAAUGAGAAUCGGCAGCCGUGCAGAGAUCACACAGAUCACACUGAAAUCUGCCUGAGUGUAUAUGCACGGAUACACACACACAUACACACACACACACACACACUUGAUUGUAUACUAGAAGAUGCCACUAAAACAACAGCACUUUUUUUAGCUCACUGGUUUAACGGUAAACCCAUAAUAUGAUACGUCAUAACAAUUUGUUGUUUACGUUUCUCACCACGCAUCAUACUCAUUCCUUCAUUCAUCUUCAGGAAUUUAUAAUUCCUACCCCUACAUUCACGCUAGCGAGCGACAAAGCUACGUGAUCGUUCAUUUUCUACGUACAGACGUGUCACAGUGCCGUGACUUGAACAACAAAGCAACACUUAAUCUGAGAUUUUCUCAAUCAAUUCUAUGCAAAUUAGAUUGGAAACACUAAAGAAGCAACAAAUUCAAACGGCUCGAAUGAUUCCUCGGACCAAAUCCUACGGCGCAUGUGGACCGGCGCGUCUCAUUUACUGUCAAAAAUUGAGGAAACCACCGUGACUUAUAAGUGGGGUUUCAUCGUAUCCUCUUGUAUACGAGCUCUCAUUAUCAUUAAAUGUGUAUAGAGACAUUAUGAAGAAAAAUAAAGCUUGGAAGGAAGUAGAAGAGAUCGUUGAUGCCUCUGGUGAGUUUACGUAGCUGGUACAGUUAGCUCGCUUUUCUAAUCUGAGAACGAACAAGUACAAAGUCGAGCACAUAACAUAAAAAUCAAACUUAAGUACACUUUAUAAAAAAAAAAAAACUGGUGUGUAUAUAUCGUAGAGUGGGCUAUGGGCUAUCCGUUUUGACUACUACUGUUUGUCAUUGGAACUAAAAAAUAUAUAUAAUGCUGGACAGGCCACGCCCACAAUCAACAACAGAAGCAGUCAACCAAAAGAGAGAAACUACAAGUGACACGAGUGAUUUUUUACUUGAUAGUGUGAAUGUAGGUGAACAGGGUGGCGUGGUCCUGCCUUCGAUCCUGAGCUCAGGUUACUGUCUGUGUUCUCCGUGUCCAUGUGGGUUUCCUGUGGGUUCUUAAGUUUCCUUCCGACUCCCAAAAACAUGUUUGUAGGUGGAAUGAUGAUGCUAAAUUGCUCAUAGGUGUAAACGUGUAAAUGUAAAUGUGUGUGCUUGACGUCAUGUGAUGAAAAUGGCGUCCUAUCCAGGGUUAAGUUCCACCUCACAUCCAGUGUUCCUGAGAUAGACACUGGAUCCACUGCGACCCUGAACAAGAUGAAGUGUUUCCUGAAGAUGAAUGAAUGAAUGACCAUUUGUUGUCUAACAUUUUCAUACAGUUUCAUCAAAUUUCCUUUAGAUAAAAGCUUAGAUAAAAAUGAACGCCAAGAACGUUCCAGUAAUUUGUGAUAGAAUGAGCCCAGAGGAGCCCAUUUUAAGGAUCAAAAAUUUUAAGGAUUCGUUGCAAAGUCUGUUAUCCAGAACAUCUUCUAUCAGAUACCGAAGCUAUAGUGAACCGCAGUAAGAACUCUUUACGUUGUCAUAUACAGACUUAAUUCAACUUCAAUCAGGGUUCCUGGUGUAUAGUUAGGAUUAUUUAAUUGCCAUUGGUUUGAUUUAUAGAUAUGAUAUGGUUAUUGUUUAUUAUUGCUGACUUAUUAAUAUUCACGACUGGCAGUGAAGAUUUACAAAUAAAGCCAAUUUUAGACUGCAAUUUCAGCGGCGUUUUAAAAAUUAUUACUCAUCACACUGUAAGAGAUCAUAAUAAACUCUGUUCUGAAUUCUCUAA